UACUGGCAGGCCUUCCCAAGUAAGGCCUGUUAGUUGGGCCUUGUAGGAUGAUUGGGGGUUUGAGAUGGAAUAACAUGCCAAGCACAGGUUAGAGCUUGUGCAAGGCUUGGAAGGGGGAAUAAGCAAGCUUCAGGGAGAACCUGAGGCUGUGAGUGUGGGGCUGGGAAGCAGCCUAUGGUGGCCUAGAAAGUGUUCAUCAAUACCCCCUACCUCAUCUUUCCAUAGGUGGCCCUAGUUUUCCAGACAUUCUCGGGGAGCCACAUCCAGAAGACCUCUCCAUUUACCUCUGCCAUGGGCUCAAGAACCAUUAUCAUUGACCACGGGUCUGGCUUUCUGAAGGCUGGGUUGUCAGGUUGGAAUGAACCCCAGAUGGUUUUCCCGAGCAUUGUGAACUACAUACCGUGCCGGGAAAACCCCGGCCCAAGCUACGCCCGGAGACGCGUGAGUCUGGGCAUUGACUUCUGCCAUCCUGACACCUUCAGCUACCCCAUAGAGCGCGGCCGGGUGCUCAACUGGGAGGGCGUGGAGCACAUCUGGACAUUUGUCUUGGAGAAACACAGGCAGGAACAAGAGGACUUCCCAGUGAUGAUCACUGAGAGCCCUCUGAGGGAGCCUUCGGACCGACGGAAGACUAUGGAGAUUAUGUUUGAGUUGCUGGAUGUUCCUUCUGUCCUCCUGGCUGACCAGCUGGAGAUGUCACUGUAUGCCUCUGGCCUCCUGACUGGCGUAGUGGUUGAUUCCGGCUAUGGCCUGACCCGUGUAAAAUCUUUCCAUCUGGGUCGUCCGUUGCCCUCAAGCUGUAAGACGCUGGAGUUUGCCGGCCAGGAUCUCUCUGCUUACCUCUUCAAGAGCCUCUUUAAGGAAGACUGCAACCGGCACAACCUGUUUCAGCUAGAGACGGUCGCCACGACCCAGAUGGGCAAGUGCUACGUGCCACAGAAUUUGGCAGAGGCACUGGACUUUCGUCAGAGCCUGCCCAGUGGCUCCGACGAGAGCAACAUCUACCAGCUCCCCGAUGGCACACCAGUGGAGCUGACGCCCAUGCAGCGACUUGCUCCUGAGAUGUUCUUCAGUCCCCAGGUGUUCGACCUGCCAGGGCCCAGCAUCUCCCAGGCCUUCGCGGAGUCCAUGGAGACCUGUGACGCCACAAUGCACCCACUGCUGAUGUCCCAUGUGGUGGCCUGUGGGGGGAACACUCUGUACCAUGGUUUCACCAAGCGCUUGUAUGAGGAGCUGGCUGCCUAUCACUUUUCUACCACUGAGGCUAUAAUCUGGGGGGGUUCCAAUCGAAACUUUAGCGUCUGGUUAGGAGCGUCUGUGGUGGCUCAUCUUUCUACUUACAGGUCCGAGUGGAUGACCAGAGAGGAGUAUGACGAGAGUAUGAGGUUGUGACCUGUUGGAUUUUAGCAAAAUGUUCUGGAUGACCAGAGAGGAGUAUGACGAGAGUAUGAGGUUGUGACCUGUUGGAUUUUAGCAAAAUGAACAUGGAGUUAGCUCAUUUUGGAACUAUGAAGUCAUGAAGUUUUAGGUUCUAGAGUUUUAUCUUGUUUCCAGAGUGGCAUCCAACCCAUAGGAGCAGGGUGUCAUCCCUGGAAACCCUAAAGGGGGGCAGUUUCCCAGGGGUGACCUGUCAUUGAGGCAGGAGUAGCCAUCUGCCAACUCCAUACCCAAUAGCCAUUUAU